UUCUCGCGGGGCAGUCUAGUUCCAGGUGGGGUCAGGGAGGUGCGUUUGUAGUGACUUCCUCUAACGUUUUGCACAUCCCUUUGUUAUUUGUUUUGUUUUGUUGAGUGGUAGGACAGAGAGGAGUGGAGCUUUUGAACUGGAGAUCGUUUGGAAGGAUGUUUUGAUUGUUUUCGUUAGAUGUUUUGUGUGUUUUAGAUUUGAAAAAAAUCGAAAGACUGUGUCAUUUCGAAAUCGAUUGGCAGGUGGACUGACGACCUAAGAUGGGUUGAAUGUGAAAGUGAGGACAGAGAGAAGGAGCUGACUGAUUAUUCUGAGCGAUGUACGGCCUCGUGCACGACUUGCACAAAGGGCAAGUGCCGGAGAAGAAACACCCGGCGAAGAAGAAGAAGAAGGAACCCGUCGAGCCAUGCUGUCGCCGCUUCGUUCGAUCUCUGAGGAGCUUCGUCCUCCGCCUUCGCGCCGCGGUGCUGGUCCUCACGGCGUCUCUCGGGAUCCCCGCCUUUUAUAUCACGCUUCACUUCCUCCUCGAACCGGGUUUGGCGACGCUGGCGGCACGCUUCGAGCCGGGGAUCUGCCUGGUCACCUCCGCGACGGCUCUCGAGGGGAAGAACAACUGCACGUGGAGCUCGUGUCGCCAAGGGUGCACCGUGCAGGAGAUGUUUCGCUGCUGGAGGAUCCUUGUCCACUUCUACGGGGAAAACGCAUCGCUUGUAAGUCCUCCCUUGGAUGAAAACACCACGGUGCCCCUUCAGACAGCCUCUGGUGUGCCGAAGCCGACGCAUCUUCCUCCCGCAACAUCGGCGCAGACACCCGACGCAGAAGCUGACUUCGCAAGCAACACCUCCAUCUCCGAGACGUCGGGAGAGCAAGGAAUCGGGACGACCAGACUCCUAAGCAGCGUCAAGGGUUGCGGUUACCAGUCGUGCGAGACGUGGGCGGCCCAGUACGCAUCCAUCGGCACGACGUUCGCUUGCAACGUCAGCAGCGACAGGUCCUUCGCCGUGACGAACGCCAACGAUUCCGAUGCGGUCGUGCAGGUCGUCCUAGGUGUGUUACCGCUGAUCCUGACCGUCGCGUCGCUCCUCCUCAUGUACCUGCUCUACUGGCGCAAAGGAGCGCACGACAGGACGCUCAAGCUCUCCCUCGACCCCGAGAGUCGGAGGGCGAAGUGGGAGCAGGCGCGCGUCGAGAUCCUCAAGAACAUGGCGAGCGAGAAGAAGACCUCGCCUCGGGAACUGGGCUUGGCCUUCUCCUCGGGCGUCAAGACCAAUCUCAAGAGCCUGAAGAACCUGGCCGGGGAAGUCCACCGCGCCUGGAAGACAAACGAGAAGAAGAAGGGGAUUGGAGAAGAAGGAAAUGGCCAAGCGAAGAAGGAUUGGGCGGAGGAAUGGCGAAUCUUUGCCGCUAAAGCCUCGGUGCAUCCUACAGUGUCUCCUGCGCGGCGUUUUAACCAGGUCAACAUCAACUUUUCCCCCAAGGCUCAAAUGUCUCUGAAUUGUUGAAAGUCUCAUUUGCUAAACGGCCUGUGCAUCUUAUACCUCUUACUGUAUCUUGCAGUAACCCAGACUCAUGUCAUGUUAAUGUUUAAGAAGUCAUGUAAUGUAAUCUACUCACUUCAGGAAUAUAUUUCAUUAUUUAUACUGUAAGAUGUUUAUAUGCGUGUACGAGUAUGGUCAGAAUUCAUUUUUUCCUUUACUAAAUCUCUACUAUUUGCACCUGAUGAAUACGCAACACUUAGCACCAGCUAUAAUGUUUCAUGUAUAUGUAUAUCCAGACUAGUGUCCUUUCACUCUU